AUGGUCAACUCUUCCACCAAGCCAGCUCUGACAGACAGUCCCAGGAUGACGCACCAGUUCCCGGCACUCUCCGAGGCUCAGAAGAGGGAGCUCCAUGAGACGGCUCUACGCAUAGUUUCUCCAGGGAAGGGCAUCCUGGCUGCAGACGAGUCUGUGGGCAGCAUGGCUAAGCGGCUGGCCCAGGUUGGGGUGGAGAACACCGAGGAAAAUCGCAGGCAGUUUCGCCAGAUCCUCUUUAGUGCGGAUGAUCGCAUCAACAGCUGCAUUGGAGGGGUCAUCUUCUUCCACGAGACCCUGUACCAGCACUCUGAUAAUGGUGUCCCCUUUGUGAAACUGAUCAGGGACAGGGGAAUCCUGGUUGGGGUCAAGGUUGAUAAAGGCGUUGUUCCCCUGGCAGGAACAUGUGGAGAAACCACCACACAAGGUCUGGAUGGAUUGGCAGAGCGCUGUGCACAGUAUAAAAAGGAUGGAGCGGUCUUUGCAAAGUGCCGUUGUGUGCUCAAAAUCAGCGACUCCAAUCCAUCAAAACUGGCGAUCACAGAAAAUGCAAACGUUCUUGCACGCUACUCAAGCAUCUGCCAGCAGAAUGGCAUUGUGCCCGUCAUUGAGCCGGAGAUCUUACCUGACGGUGAUCACGACCUGAAACGCUGCCAGUACGUCACAGAGAAGGUCCUGGCUGCAGUGUACAAGGCCAUGUCAGACCACCAUGUUUAUCUGGAAGGCACUCUGCUGAAACCAAAUAUGGUCACCCCUGGACACAGCUGCCCCACCAAGUACAGCCCAGAAGAGGUGGCAAUGGCAUCCGUCAGUGCCAUGCGGCGCACCGUUCCCCCGGCCGUCCCAGGGAUUUGUUUCCUCUCUGGAGGUCAGAGUGAAGAGGAGGCCUCCAUUCACCUCAGUGCCAUCAACAACUGUCCCCUGGCUAAACCCUGGGUCCUGACGUUCUCAUUUGGCCGCGCCCUGCAGGCCUCGGCCCUCAGAGCCUGGAGAGGACACAAGGAGAAUGAAAAAACCGCCACAGAGCAGUUCAUUAAACGAGCAGAGGUGAAUAGUCUGGCAUGUCAAGGGAAAUACAGUGGCGGUGAUAACUACGGCGAGGCUGGCCAUUGCGUCUUCGGCUCCUGCCAUGCAUACUGAACAAAACAAAAAAAUCACCAUUUUCACUAGCAUGUUUUAUUUCUUAAGGUAUAUCACAGGUGAAUAGUACUGUAGACACUUAGACUUGAUCAGAAUAAGUGACGCAUGGAAAUGUUGAAUGAAAACAACUGACAGUGUUUAAUUGCCUUGUUUAAAGAAGACAUUCAGGAAUGUAUCUGGGUUUUCUCAUGUCUGAAGGAAUUAUGUCUACUUUCUUUGCAUAAUGUGUGUAAAGUCAGUUCAUGAGGCAAUGCCACGACUAAGGCUUUAUAAUAUUACCGUGCUCACAAAGUCAAAAUUAUCCUAUUAAAUAACUUUGACUUGAUAGCAUUGACUAAAGUUUACAUCAAAACAAACAUCAUUAUCUAAAUAGUGUAAAUUUCUAAUUAUGUAAAACAAAUGAUGCUGGUCUUCAUCACCUCUUCUGAAAAACUCCAUUGCUUCUCUGAGUGAGAGUGAGUGUGCUUAGAUUAGUUUUCACAUGCAUUUAGCAGCGGCCAUCCACAGAUAAAAAAAACAAUUGCCUGGUAUUAGCUUGGAGCUAAUGAGCCUCCUCCUCACUCCCCGCUGCCCUCUUAAUGUGUGAUAUUAUCAGGAAUAUUCUGUGUAAAAUAAACAUGGUUGGAAUCUAAUGCAAUAAAAAUGCUGGUCGGUUAAA